AUCAUGUGAUCAUAACAUGGUGGAUUUGUCAUGCCUGAACUGAAACUUGGUUGUUUGGGUUUCAAGCACUAAAACAAAACAAUAUAACGUAUUCACACUAUUUGAUUCCAUUGAAAAUAUACGAAAAACUUACAACUUAUAAACAUUGUAAUCGUAAAGAUGAUAUAUUGUGAAUGACAAUGUCAAUUCGUGAAGUUAAAGUGUGUUUACUAGGGGAGUCUGGAGUUGGAAAGUCCAGCAUUGUUAUGAGAUUUGUGACAGAUUCCUUCAAACCAGCUUUAGAGAGUACAAUAGGAGCUUCUUUUAUGAGUAAAAAGAUUGCAGUUGAUGAUCAACAUUAUGCAUUCCAAAUAUGGGACACGGCUGGCCAAGAAAAGUAUAGAUCCUUAGCUCCAAUGUAUUAUAGAGGUGCAGCAGCAGCUAUUGUUGUUUAUGAUGUAUCGAGAGAUUCAACGUUCAAAACAGUGAAAGAUUGGAUCAAUGAAUUGAAGAAAAAUGCAUCCCAUAAUAUUAUACUGGCCAUUGCUGGAAACAAAUGUGAUCUGGAAGAUCUGAGAGAAGUUAGCAAAAGGGAUGCAGAAGAAUAUGCCAGCCUAAUUAAUGCCAUAUUUAUAGAGACCAGUGCUCUGAAUGCUGUCAAUGUUCCUGAACUUUUUAUGAAAAUAGCUAGAAGUCUUCCAAAAGAGGAUAUGUAUUCUCCUAGAGCUACAAGUACUUUGAAUCUCAGACAUACACAGUCAAAGCCAAAAUCUGGUUGUUGUGGAGGUCAAAGUUCACCUUCAUGACCUACUGUGAUAUAUAGGUUAAGAAUAUUUAUAUGUUAAUGUGUUAUGAUUUUGUUACCAAAUUAUUAUUUAACAUGACAGGAUAAUAAUUAUAUUUUUCAUGGUUGUAGAACAUCUGACAUUAAGGUCAUGAGGGUUAAAGGUCAUUGGUUUAAUUAAAAGACAUUUAAAAAAAGGAUCCUUUUUGGUUGAAGAAACAGUUGAUAGAUUCAUUUUAGAAUCAAAUAAUUGUUCAUUUGUGCUAAUUAGAUCUUUAAUAUUGACUUUUAUUUUUUUUUAAUGUGGCUCGUGGCCUCAACAAAACAAGUAUUUGAUUUGAUUUUAUUUUAAAUAGAUUGUUUUUAUAUUUUUUUGAGUUCAUAAACAUAGUUUGUACAGAUUUUUAGUCAAAAGUCUAAAAAUGACUUGAUGUCAAGUUUGGAUUCAGAAUUGAUGAUUUUAGGUUCAAGGGGUUAAAGAAUGUCAUCCUAAUAUUUCCCAGUGACAAAGAACUCAUAUUUGUUUCCAAUUUUAUGGGCUACACUUUGAUAUAAGCUAUGUGUGUUUAUGCAGUGUUAAUAAACAUCCUUCUACUCUAGUUAUAUUUUUGAACAUUAUCAUAUUUUAUCACACAGAUAAUUUUUGCAAUAGCUAUUUUAUGUAGAUAUAUAUUCAAGAAGGUCAAAGAGAGAUUAUUCAAGGACAAAUGUGAAAUGAAAGUGUUAAUGGAUAUAAAAGAUAAAAAAAAUAUAUCUUAAAAAAAAAUAGAGACAUGUAUGACUAUUCAUUAUGACCAAUUGACAAAUAUGUGAACAUUUGCUGUUUUCAUAUGCUUAAUAAUGCAAUGGGCCUAAUAUUAUGGAAAUAUUAACUUUUUGAAACAAUAUAUUAUGAAAGGAAGAGACAUUGAUAUAGUUUUGUUAUCAAGGCAUGUUGAUAGUGUCUUGUACCAUAUACCAAAUUAAUAUUUGAGUUAACAUUAUUUUUACUAAGUAAAAUAACAAUUGUGUUGCUACUGUUAUGUGCAGUUAGGUAGUAUAGUUAUUCAUAUAUACAUUCUAUCAGGUUUUUUUUAUAUUUAAGGCAGAGUACUUAAUUUUUCUGACUAAACAAUUUAACCAUAAAUGUUGUUGCCAUUAUUUGUUUUUAACAUUUUAUUGCCUCUGAACAUGCUGAAUGAGAUUUGAUGAUAGCUAAUGAUGUCUUAUCAAAUAGUUAUCAAAGGUACCAGGAUUAUGAUUUUAUAUGCCAGACCCAUGUUUUGUCGACUCAUCAGUGACGCUCAAAUUCAAAUUAAGUUAUUAAGCCAAACAAGUACACAGUCGAAGAGCAUUGAGGACCCAAAAUUCCAAAAUGUUGUGCCAAAUAAGGCUAAGGUAAUCUAUAUUCAAAGUUUUGCAACAAGACAUUUAUUAAAAUGACCAAAAACUGGUUAAUCUUAAGAUUUAAUACUGGAGAAUUCUGAAUUGUAAUAUACUUAUCUGUUAGAUAAGAUAAUUUUUGCAGUUUAAUGUUUCAAUUUUUUGUAAAAAAUGAUAUUAACCUUCUAAAUUGAUGCAAAAUAGGCAAAUGAUUUCUUGCGCUUCCUGUAAGAUUUACUUUUUUUAGAAUUUGAUUUAAAGAUGACCUUAUUGUUUAUUUUCUAAAAGUCAAAUAUCUUCAAUUAAUGGAUUUGAAACCUAUUGGUAAGGGCCUUGUUAGCCAGUCACUUUAUUUUGACUUGUACAUUUGAGAUUAUUUCAAAAAAUUAAAGAUGUUAUAGAGAUUGAAAAAGUUUUCUACAAACAAAUUGUAUCAUGCUCAAUAAUCAAAAUAGUAUUAAUAAAUUUUCCUGGUCACAAUAAUUUAACUUUGAUUUUUGUGUGACCAUUGUUGAUUGUUUUGUAUAUUAUCAUUGUUAAAACCUUUAUAUUAAAUGUUAAAAGUUACAAACAAAUAGAGAACUUGUUGAUGUAUAUAUAUAUGAUAUGGAGUACUAUUAGUAUCUUCAGAUCCUCAGGGGUUAGGUUGGAAUUACUAUUGACCAAUAGUUUGAUGUAAUGUAUUUUGAAUGCCUUUUUAGCUUUCUAUAAAACAUACAUCUUUUUAUUAGUUACCAAUGGUUAAAUCAUUGAUGAGUUGCUCUCCUAAUUCUUAUUUCCGCUUCUGUUAUUAUACUGUUAAAUGAUUGUGUGUCUUCUCCUGUUAUUAACUUUGCAGGUAUAAAUAUUGAACAUGCAUUGAGUCAGUGUGUGAUAGACUCAUUAGAUGUCUUCCAUGAAAAUGAAGUCAACAUCUCUUUUCUAAAUUGCUGCAAAGCAUACCAGUAUUUUUGUUUGAACAUUUUUAUUUGAAGUCAAUUAUAUAUUUACCAAGAGGUCUUUGUUGUAAGUAUAAGCAUCACAUACAUAACAUGGUGUUACAAUAAAAAUACAGCAACCCUACAUAUAGGAUAAAUAAAAACAUACAGCAACCCUACAUAUAGGAUAAAUAAAUACAUACAGCAACCCUACAUAUAGGAUAAAUAAAC